AUGACCAAGCAGAAAACAGCAGAUACAUUUUUAGCAACGGCAAUCAUUAAGGUGGGAACGUUAGAACUAAGGGCCUUGAUAGACAGCGGUUCGCAGAAAACUUUAAUUUCUGAGGAAGCAGUGCAGAUGUUAAGAUUACCAAAAAUAAAAGUAACAACCGAGAUAAGCGGCGUCUCAGCAGAAUGCGUAGAAGUCUCGCGUCACAAAGUUCAAUUGGAAAUAAGACCCAGAUUUGUUAGCAAGUUUGUAGCAGAAACAGAAGCUCUGGUGCUAUCUAAAUUGCACAAAGCACUUCCAAUAAAAAUAUUUGAAAAGAAGGCGUAUAUUUGGAAAAACAAAUUACUAGCGGAUCCAAAUUUCAACAAACCAAGUCGUAUUGAUGUGGUCAUUGGAGCUGAUUUAUAUCCAAAGAUAAUGAAAGCAGGCAUAAUAAAAGCUGAUGGAUUAUUAGGACAGGCCACAAUGCUGGGUUGGAUUGUGUCUGGGAAUAUUGAAAGAUCCAGAAGCAAAGAAGUAAUAGCAGCAAUGACAACGCUUAAACUAGAGGAAUUAGAAAGAUUCUGGGAAAUGGAAGAAGAUGAAGAGGAGCCUAAACCAGAAGAUGACAUAUGCGAACAAAAUUAUAUACAGACGACAACACGUGAUUUAACAGAUAGACGAUUUGUUGUGGCCAUACCAUUUAAAAAGGAGAAAGAACUUGGAGAAUCGAGGAAGACAGCGGUUGCACGACUUAUCAGUAUGGAAAAGAAAUUUGAUGCGAGAGAGGAUCUAAAAGACGGUUACAAAAAGUUCAUGCGGGAGUAUCAAGAGAUGGGACACAUGAAGGAAGUAGAAAAGAUGGGUCAAGGUAAAUAUUACUUGCCCCAUCAAGCAGUAAUUAAAAAGGAAAGCACAACAACAAAAUUAAGAGUGGUCUUUGACGCAUCUGCAAAAACAACAAAUGGAUACAGUUUGAACGACGUAAUGCUAAUCGGGCCAAGAUUACAAAAAGACAUUGUAGAUAUCAUCGUAAAAUGGCGUAUGUGGCGUUAUGUGAUGAGUGCUGACGUCGAAAAGAUGUAUCGACAAAUAAAAGUCAGAGAGGAAGAUCAAGAAUACCAGUAUAUUCUAUGGAGAGAAAAUCCGCAGGAGAAAAUAAAAGAGUUUAAACUUACAACAGUCACAUAUGGCACAGCAGCAGCACCAUUUUUAGCAGUAAGAACGUUACACGAGAUUGGGAACAUUUACUGCAAAGACAAUAAAAACGUACAUGAUGUUAUAAAGAACGAUUUUUACAUGGACGAUCUCAUGACAGGAGGUCACACUAUUCGAGACUGUAAAGAAUUACGCGAGAAACUAAUGCAAACUUUACAGUGUGCAGGAUUUCAUUUGAGAAAAUGGUUAUCAAAUAAUCCUGAAAUAAUUGAUGAAUAUACACAGGAGGCAAAUGAAAUUAUUCAAAUCGAAGAAACGGAUUCAGUAAAGACAUUGGGAUUACAAUGGGAACCAAAACGGGAUCUUUUUAAGUUCAAGGCAGCAACACAACAGAUAAAAAAAAUAACCAAACGGACAAUAUUAUCACAAUUGGCCAAAAUAUUUGAUCCACUUGGAUGGCUUGCACCAGUAACAAUUGUAGGCAGAUGCUUUGUGCAAAAACUUUGGUCGGCUGGUGGAUCUUGGGACGAGCCAUUAAACAAAGAGUUAGAAGAAGAGUGGCUGAAAUUCGCUAAACAAUUGGAUGCUUUAGAUGAAAUAACUAUUCCACGCUGGAUCGGUACAAAUAGCAACACCAAGUUGGAAUUGCACGCAUUUGGAGACGCAUCUGAUAAAGCAUAUGCAGCAGUAAUAUAUGCAAAAGUGGGACAGCAAGUGACACUGUUGCUAGCCAAAAGCAAAGUGAACCCUAUUAAAAAUAGAAAAACAAUACCCAAAUUAGAACUUUGCGGUGCACAUCUACUGGCUAUUAUAUUGAAUAGAGUCAAGAAGACAUUGAAUUUGCAAUGUAAAAUGUACGCAUGGAGUGAUUCAAUGGUUACACUGGCAUGGAUCCAAAAUAAAAACAACAAAGAGAAGUUUAUACGCACCAGAGUAAACUAUAUUAAUGAAAUGAUUCCGGAAGCCGAAUGGAACUAUGGUUGCAAGGACCGUCGUGGCUUCAAUUAA